AUGAUCGAUACGGGCGCUUCUCAUUCAUUUAUUACACAAUGUGCAUUACGUACACUAUCCUAUUUCCGAUUGCCAUCGUGUGAACGUACCGCCCAAUUAGGUGAUGGUCAAACAACACUUAAAAUAGUUGGUGAAAUUCAGCUGUUCCUACAAUUUGAUCAAGUUUUUACACCUGUCAAUGCUCUCGUCACUCAAACCAUGAACACUGAUUUUAUACUUGGUGGUGAUUGGUGUACAAAAAAUAAAGUAAAAAUUGAUUAUGCAAAGAGUCAAGUAUCACUAUGUACACAACUUGGUCGUAUUUUUAUUCCGUAUCAUAAACACAUCGAUUAUUUAAGUUUAGAUGUCAAAUCAAUCAAUGCAAUUCAUAUACCACCACGUGAAUCUUGUACUGUUCAAGCCAAAGUUCAAUUAUCGUCCGCUAAUACUGUAUAUUUUUCUCCUGCUGACACUAUAUCACUUGAAAGAUCUGUUAUAAUGUUACCAGCCUUAUUACACGUAAACAACUACACAACCUACUUGGAGAUAUACAAUCCUCAUGAUACUACAUGUACAUUACCAAUGAAUACUCGUUUAGGCCACAUUACUCAUACACCACAUAAACUUCAAUCGUGUGUAAUAUAUGAUCCAUCUCGUUGUUCGUCAUCAUGGUCGUCUCAACAUCAUGUCAUUAAUACAAUCGACCUUAAACAAACACCAUCUAACACCUGUAAAAUCAUUGAUAAACUUCUGGAUCAUAUUACCAAAUGUCAGGACAAACACCAACUACGUCACAUACUUGAACAACACAUCAAAAUCUUUGAUAUUUCACAUGUUACACAAGCAAACACAUCUGUUCCACACAUUAUUAACACCGGUGAUAGUCUUCCAAUCAGUUCAAGACCAUAUCCACGAACAAUCCAACAACGACGUGAACUUCAAGCUGAAAUUCAAAAAAUAUUGCAAGCUAACCAAAUUCGUCCAUCCAUUUCACCAUGGUCAUCUCCAGUCAUUAUUCACAAAAAAAAGGAUGGUGGUAUUCGUUUUCUGGUAGACUAUCGAAAAUUGAAUUCAGUAACAAAAAAAGAUUCUUUUCCUCAACCAACAACUGAAGAAUUACUAAA